AUUGGAACUUGAGAUAAGGAUAUCGGGACGAUGUCUGGAUAGAAAAAGAUAGUCCAACCAUGUACGCUUCAGGAGUAGCGGUUGUAUUGGUGUUCAUUGUUGGACAAGUGGCUGCGGACUGCCCCAAUGGUUUCGUCACCAACGGUACCUCCUGUUAUCUCUUCUCCAUCCUUCAGGCGUCCUGGAUACAGGCCAUGAAAAUUUGCACUGUACACGGGGGUGAGCUUGCUACGGUGGAAUCAGCACAAGAGGAAGAGUUUCUCGAGUCCUACAUACGCAGCGUUUGGAACGGAUGGAACCAGACGGAUGGGAUAUGGCUAGGAGGUACAGAUCUAAUAGUAGAAAACGAAUGGAUGUGGGCGGUGUCCAAAGAGCCUUUUGGUGAAUUUGUCCGAUGGGCCCCAGGAGAGCCAAACUCUAUCAACAGAAACGGUGAGGACUGUCUGGACCUUCUGCCUCACAAGAAUUUCCACUGGAACGAUGAAAACUGUGGCUCCCUCCUCAACUUCGUCUGCGAACGCAGUCUGUUGGAGGGUUACAUCCCACCCAGUGUGUUAGGGUAGACACCGGUUAUACGUACUGAGAUGUGAUAUUUUGACAAUAAAGUUCAACAAAUCAU